AUGAAUAAAGGUGUUGGUGAUGCUGUUUUUACUCCUUUUCUCCUUUCCUUGACAGAAUACAUCCAAGCAAUGAUUCUAGUGAAUGAAGCAACUAUAAGUAAAAAUUCAGCUUUGAUAAAGGAUCAUAUGCCUGUGACUCAGAAUGAACAGGAAAACAAAUCAAAUACAUCUCUCUCUACAUCAUAUGAAAACUUUCCAGAAGACUGUACAUUUCUAUCUACAGAAAAUGAGGAAAUUCUCUCUCUGGAAAAUAAAGAUGUAGACUUUAGAGAAAAAGAAUCAUCUUUGAAUUUAUCUUACCAAAGUCAUGACUGCUCUGGUGCCUGUCUGAUGAAAAUGCCACCAACCUUCAAGGGAGAAAACCCUCUGCAGCUGCCAAUUAAGUGUCACUUCCAAAGACGACAUGCAAAGACAAACUCUCAUUCUUCAGCACUCCAUGUGAGUUAUAAAACCCCUUGUGGAAGAAGUCUACGAAACAUGGAGGAAGUUUUUCGUUACCUGCUUGAGACAGAGUGUAACUUUUUAUUUACAGAUAACUUUUCUUUCAAUACGUAUGUUCAGUUGACUCGGAACUCCCCAAAGCAAGAAGAAAUUGUUUCUGAUGUGGAUAUUAGCAAUGGAGUGGAAUCAGUACCCAUUUCUUUCUGUAAUGAAAUCGAUAGUAGAAAGCUUCCGCAGUUUAAGUACAGAAAGACUUUGUGGCCACGAGCAUACUAUCUAAACAGCUUUUCCAACAUGUUUACUGAUUCAUGUGACUGUUCUGAGGGCUGCAUAGACAUAACAAAAUGUGCAUGUCUUCAACUGACAGCAAGGAAUGCCAAAACUUGUCCCUCGUCAAGUAAUAAAAUAACCACUGGAUAUAAAUAUAAAAGACUACAGAGACAAAUACCUACUGGCAUUUAUGAAUGCAGCCUGUUGUGCAAAUGUAAUCGACAAUUGUGUCAAAAUCGAGUUGUCCAACACGGUCCUCAAGUAAGGCUACAGGUGUUCAAAACUGAGAAGAAGGGAUGGGGGGUACGCUGCCUGGAUGACAUUGACAGAGGGACAUUUGUUUGUAUCUAUUCAGGAAGAUUACUAAGCAGAGCUAACACUGAGAAAUCUAAUGCUGUUGAUGAAAAUGGGAAAGAAAAGAAUACUAUGAAAAAUAUACUUUCAAAAAAGAGGAAAAUAGAAGUUGCAUGUUCAGAUUGUGAGGUUGAAGUUAUCCCAUUAGAACUGGAAACAGAUCCUAGAAGUACUGAAACUGAGGAAUGUCCACCAAAGUUCAGUAAUAAUUCCAAAGAGCUUAUCACGGAAAUGAAGUAUAACAAUAUUUCAAGAAUUCAGUAUCAUUCAGUUAUUAGAAGUCCUAAAUCCAAGACAGCAACUUUUCAACACAAUGAGAAAAAGAUGGAAUUUAUUUCCUUGGAGUCUGUCACCUCAGAAGAUAAUGAUGGAUUUAAACCAACCCGGGAACAUCUGAACUCUAAAGCCAAGGGAGCACAAAAGGACUCAAGUUCAAACCAAGUUGAAGAUUCUGAAGACAACCUGCUGAUUGCAUCAGAUGUGAUAGAUAUAACUAGAUGUAGAGAAGAAACUCCACCAGGGGGCAGAUGUAACCAAGCAACCACAUUGGAUUGUCAGAAUAUUAAAAAGGAGUUUGAAGUUCAAACACAAAAGCCUCAAGAGGAACAAUCUUCAGCAUGUCAAAAACAGCAGAUCUUUUGUGACGAAGAGUUGCCAAAUGAAACAGAGAAUACUUCAUCUGAUUCUCUAAGGAAGUUCAGUAAAGAGAAUGUGUUUUUAUUGGAUGCCACAAAAGAAGGAAAUGUGGGCCGCUUCCUUAAUCAUAGUUGUUGCCCAAAUCUCUUGGUACAGAAUGUUUUUGUAGAAACACACGACAGGAAUUUUCCAUUGGCAGCGUUCUUCACUAACAGGUAUGUGAAAGCAAGAACAGAACUAACAUGGGAUUAUGGUUAUGAAGCUGGGACUACACCCGAGAAGGAAAUCCUCUGCCAAUGUGGGGUUAAUAAGUGUAGAAAAAAAAUAUUAUAAAUAUGUAGCUAA